GUAUUUUGCACGAGAAGAAAGCGUACACCAGAGACAGCGAUGACACUUGUGCGACGCUCCCUGGAUCCCGGCAGUUUCAAGGGACCCAAACUGGGCGUUUAUUUGCCGCUAACGCUGCUUCUACAAAAACUUUUACUGUUGGGCAAGUUUUCACUAACAUUAGCCAUUACACAACAACUGCAGCAGUACAAACCCACAUGUGUGUAAAUACGGUGUGAACGGUGUCAUGUUAUAGUGUAACGGUGGCGUCGCAGGAGGACCCGUUAGCUAAAGUUAGUUUGUUUUGCUAUCCGCAGCCUGUAAAUUACGUAUUGUUUAGUUUCUCUUUUAAAGAUAACACACAGUAAAGCACUGUUCAUGAGGUGUUAAACAACAGUAUUCAACGUAAGCAGCGGGUUAUUUUAGACCGUGUAUUGUAUUAUACUAAGUUCAGUGUAGCCAGCGUGCUAGCUAACGAGCUAAGUUUUGAGUAACUUUGUUUCGGGCUACUUUAAGGGAUCAUCGUCAAACCUGCGGACGUCAGGAGCGGGAGGGUUGCGCUCAGCCCUGCCUGCGCAGCUUUAAGUGAAAUGGGAAGCCUUGAAACCUCCUUGUUUGUAUCUUGAAAUUGCGAGCGGAGUUGAGCACCAUAUUGAAUCAAAGUUGCCAUCUUCUUGACAAAUGUUUUAUUAAGUUUCAGACUUCAAACUUUAGCGCGUGUCUGAGCGAGCAACUACACCCGACGUGUAAUGGACGCGCUGUAAGCGACUUGUUGCGAUGUUUCCCGGGGCGCUUUAGCUUCGUUUUCGUACAUGUUAAGUUGGUUUUUAAUACACCCGAGUCAGCGAACAAACUAACUUUAAAGUGUGAGGUCAGCACUCUGGACCAGACCUGGAUGUGAUGGACUCUCCGUCCUCAAUAAUCACCCAAGUCAGCCGGGAUGAAGAGGGGACUAAAGCCGCGGGGGAGAGGGGUUCUUCACCUUCUCUGUCCUGCAAGAAGCCCAGGAGCAGAGGCUUCUUCUCCAGCCUGUUCUGCUGCGUGUGUCGAGACCAGCCCGACCCGCCGCCGGUCAACAACAACGCUCCUCUGCUGGUGGAGGAGAACGGAACCGUCUCCAAGGUGAAGCCACUGCUGCAUCCGGUGAAGUCAAAAGACUCUGGAAAGAUCUGUGUGGUUAUAGAUCUGGAUGAGACGUUAGUUCACAGCUCUUUUAAGCCUGUGAACAAUGCAGAUUUCAUCAUUCCUGUGGAAAUAGAUGGAACGGUACACCAGGUGUAUGUCCUGAAGCGGCCCCACGUCGACGAGUUCCUGAAGAGAAUGGGGGAACUGUUCGAGUGCAUCCUGUUCACCGCCAGUUUAGCCAAGUAUGCAGACCCCGUCUCUGACCUCCUGGACAAGAGGGGCGCUUUCCGCUCCCGCCUGUUCCGGGAGUCGUGCGUCUUCUACCGAGGGAACUACGUCAAGGACCUGAGUCGCCUGGGUCGCGACCUAAACAAGGUCAUCAUCGUGGACAACUCCCCGGCCUCCUACAUCUUCCACCCCGACAAUGCAGUGCCCGUGGCCUCGUGGUUCGACGACAUGUCCGACACGGAGCUUCUGGACCUCCUGCCCUUCUUCGAGAGGUUGAGCAAAGUGGAUAACGUCUACACAGUCCUCAAGCACCAAGGCACCGAGAGCUAACGGGGUUCGACUUCUCAUCUCAGCUCUGAACAACACGGCGUACAAAAACCUAGAAAAAACCCCCGCCCCCCCCCACACACACCGGCGAGGCUCCAGCACCAGCUCCAGUUAUCACUGCCCAUCAGAACACAGACUGCUUCACAGCUGACCGAGCCUUCACCUUCCUAUCAGACCAACGUCACGGUUUGGGAGCCUCCAGUGACUUUGAUGCUGUCAUCACUGCCACCUCCUGGUCAAACAGAAAACUCCCUGAAAAUUGCCAUGUAACUUUCUCCUUAGGGAAGCAUGGAUGAAUGUUUAAGGACAUUUCUGCGAUGCCGCUAAACUUGCAAAGCAGAAGUCUGUAGCCAUGAAUCCUCUGGACACAGACCGGGUACUGGACUUCUCACAGAUUCCUCAGUGUGAACGCGGACAACACGCAGGCUUUUGGUAAGCAGGAAUCAAGUGAAAAGGAAGAUUUACGUGCAAAUAAACUUGAUCAGUGUUGUCAUUUGAAAGAGCGGAUGGUGUAUACGUACUGUAGAUGUCUCUUAAACGCUUUGGAACAACAUUAUCUUUGUCACACACCCUAAUUCUUUCAGUUAUCACACUAUUUGUCUACGGUCAGAAGCAUGUUAUUCCCGUGUGUCUUUUAAGAGCUUUAAGAGCGAUGUGAUCAAGUGUUUUUAAAUAAUCAUGACAGUGUUCUGGAUGAAUCUGAUAAAAAAACAAGUUAAAUUCACUGAUGACUAAAUAAUUGGACAGCACUCCACGAGUACAGUCCUCCCUCUCACUGCAGUGUAGAAAUGGAUUUUUAACACAAUUUGUAUACUAAACUUAUUUUACAAAACCACCUCGCAUAAUGAAUGGGAUCAUUAUUUGGGAUUAAAAUAGGUGGAAUAAAUGUAAUUUUGCAGCAUGAAGCAAUCCAACUUUUUGAACCGUGGGAACUUAAGUCAGUGGGAAAAUCAAUGGACUCCACUCUUAUCCCUUUUUCCAGUGGAAAUGGAGCCCUAUUAAACCAGCAGUAACACACUAAUAUGAAUAUCAAAUCAUAUUCUCGUGACUGUGAAUAUGCACCGGCGUGAACAGUUGACCCCAGAGAAGAGGACCAGGAUUGACUUGACAUACAACUUGAAUUUCUCACAAGUAUUUACUGACUGUAUUCGAGAAAAUUGCAUGAUGUGGAAAAGGUUACAGUUUGGCUUGUCAUAAGCUUCAGAGUACAACGUUUUCUUUUCCUUCUUCCCUACGCGGUACACAGGCUGGAAACAAUUUCAGGACUUUGUAAUAAAAUGUGUGUCGAGGGAGGAGCUGCCAUGAGGACUCGCGGAUAUGUGAGGUGCUGGGCCUGGUGAGCAGACACACCUUUGAAAACAAAAAUGGGUUUAAUUCAGUCCAGACUUAAAAGGUCUGUUAAUAAACCGCUAUUGGUGAUUUAUUUUCUUUUGGCUGGAUUCUGUUGGAUUGACAUGACGUAAUGUUGGGAUAAUUCUAGCGCAGCUACGAUGGAGUUUAAUAGAUCUCAAACGUGAACCGUAAAUGUCAGAUGUCGUUUGUGUACUUGCCAUAUUACAUAGACGUUUGGAGAGAUAAACCACAGUUCACAUUCAAAGUUGCCAAAAAGGCAUUCUGGUAAAUUUAGACUAUAUCACAGACUAUAAUAGAAAUUUAUCAAAAGAUUAUGAGAAUUUUCCUUUGAAAAGUAAUUGACCACAUGGUGUCUUACACAUUGAAUCUGUAUAUAUAUAUAUUUUUAAAGCUCUACAUGUUGAUGUUGGUCCAGUCAGUUUUAGGGAGCAGCGUUGUUCUCUCCCUCAUGUGUUGACACCGAUGAAUGAAACCGUGGAUUUGACGAAGAGCCUCCCUCCCAGGCUUGUGAUGUGACUUUACCUAGAUGAGGCAGGGAUGACAAUUUAAUCCGCCAUAUUAAGAGCCAUUACAUUAUUUUUCUAUGUUUAACAAAUUUUUGUCAAUCAAAUUAGCCUGUUUCUUUUUCUAAAUAAUUACUGAUUCUUUUUUUUUUGUUGCCCAGGAGUUGUCUUCUGAUACAAUAUCUGAGGUUAGUUCUCCAAAGGGGAAACAUUCUUCUUGCUUUUUUCCUGCAAGACCUGGUUGGUUACCUCAUAUAUUAAUAGGUAAUAUAUGGAUCACAAACACCAGCACAUGACUAAAAUGAUAGUAUCAUACUGUUGUAGGCACAUAACGUAAUUAUUCAUUUAAGCCAUCAUCACAUGUCGCAAUUAGGUUCAAUGCUGUUGUUCUUUUUUGAAUUCAUUGGCAAACAUGAGUAUUUAUAGGAACAUUAAGUCAUUUUGUCAGUCAUUUGAUUACAUGUAAAACAAGUGUUGUGUCACUACGGGGGCCCAUUCACUGAUACUGUACUUCUCACACAUUCAGUAGAUAUGUAUAUUUUGUUUUGCACAGUAAUAAAGCAAACAAAUGUUCAUUAAUAUAUGGAAUAUUCAUGUUACUGUACUCAUGAUUGAAUAGAUGUAACCUAAUUGUUUUUGACCUGUUUUAUCAUACCAAAUUAUAUAUGGACUGUAUGUAAUAAUGCCAUUUUGUUCUCCAUAAAUGCUAAAUGAAAAAUGGU